UAACGCCCUUCGAACGUACCGAAUUGGCUCCGCCCACUGCCAUAGUCUACUCCUCUAUUACUGCUCAGAAUUCCCCGGGUUCCUCCGGAACUGUUCGGUCGUUUCCGUCUCCACAUCGGUACCAAUCGGCUCUUUCUAUUUGUCCAGCCGCCGCCCCCUCCCUUUUUGCGUUCAGGCUCGUUUGUUUUCGUCUUGCCGAGGCUUUGAUCGAAUCUAUUCGGAAGCCCUCGAAUCGGGUUUAACCAUAAUCGGAGAUAUUCGGCUAUCUUCGGACCUGGGGAUGAGGCGCUGGGGCACUUGGGUGUUUGGGGCUGGUUUGAGACCGGAAGUACGUGGGUUACUGGGCUGGCUCUGCUUAGGGUUUUCAGGAAACAUGGAAGAGACUGCGGGAGUUGGAGCUGAAAGACUCUAGUGAUCUCUGGGCGCCCUUUGAGAGGAAAGGGGAGGUAACUAACAGGAUGCCACUGGGAUCGUCAUCUUCGUCAAUGCCACCAUCCUUCCCUUCUGUAUUACCUUCGGUGCCAGAUGACAUUGCCGGCUCAUCCCCUCCUCCAAUGUCUUACAUCACUUCCCAGGAGAUGAAGUGUAUUCUUCACUGGUUUGCCAGUUGGUCAGGUCCCCAGCGGGAACGUUUUCUACAAGACCUGGUAGCUAAGGCAGUGCCUGGAAAGCUGCAGCCUCUGCUGGAUGGUCUGGAGCAGCUUAGUGUAUCUGGGGCAAACCGGCCACCGUGUAUCUUUGAGUGUCAGCUAAGGCUUUGGGAUCAGUGGUUUCGAGGUUGGGCUGAUCAGGAGCGCAAUGAGUUUGUCAGACAGCUGGAGGUCAGUGAGCCAGAUUUUGUGGCAAAGUUUUACCAAGAAGUAGCAGCCACUGCCGGUAAAGACUGAUAGCCAAUCAGAUCAAGAAGAUAACUAUGUCUGAUCAAGCCAAAGACCAUGACUAUAGUGACAAUUGAGUGCAAGUAUGUCACUUAGAGAUUUGCCUGACUGCUGGGGUAGUGGUGUGCACUUUUCUCCAGCACCAGGAGGCAGAGGCAGCCUAGCCUACAUAUCAAGUUCCAGAACAGCCAGUGCUACAAAGAGAGACCCUGCCUCUGGGGAAGAAAAUUGUGUGAACUUCAUGGUGAGUGCCAGCACUGUUUUUAACUUAGCGCUGCACCUGGACUCUGUAAAUGUCAUCUAUUUAGACAAAUCUGGUUAUGGCACGUACCUGCUUUAGCAGGAGAUGUCUAAAUUCAAGAAUUUAAUGACUUUUGUUACUGUAACUAAAUGAACCUGUAUUUUAUAACUCAGGCCUAUUGCUGGCCCAGAUAGCUGGUUUUACCGCAUUCACCCAACUCUAGUAUAAAAUGUGAUGCCCCAAUUGUUGGAUUUUCCAGUGAUGAUUUAAUAAAUUAAGGAAAAUCAAGAGAAGAAAAUAAUUACUUGAUCCUUUGCAUUGUUUGACUCCAAAGAGCAAUGAAUGUUAGAUAAACAUCAAAUAGCAACCUUUUCUAAAGCGUGUGUGAUGCACUUAGAGCUGGUGGCAAAUGUUCCUGUUCUGCCAUUGGUCCACAACAGUCUGAAAGUAACUGAUGCUUCACAAAUUAAACUGUUAAUUUGUGGGGGAGUAUCAAAAUAAAGGAGAGUU